AGACAAAAUCUGAUCCUCCUCUGCAAGCUCUGUGUAGAUGGUAAGUGUACAUGGUUUGCUUGGAUGAUGCACUGUCUGUGAAACUUUUAACUUCCUGUCAUUACAACAUUGAAGGAAAGUACCCUAAACCAUUUUAUCAUUUUGCAUGAUUUAAUUAAAUAAGAUCAGAAAAAACAUAAUUUGUUCCUUAGGUAAACUUAAUCCUCAUUCUGUUCUUAAAUGUUAAGGUGAAUGUUAGACCUAAAAUGUAUCUUGAAAACGAAACAUUAAAAAAAAUAUUAAGUUGAUAGAAACAUGAAAAGUUUUAAAGUAAUUUUUUAACUGCCCCUUGAUUAGAGACAGCUUGUAAGUUGAUGGUCAAGAGAGGAGUGGUUCUCAAGCUGAAAGGGGUAUGGUACACAUGUGACACAGAGACAGACAGGACCUUGGUUAUGGAAGCUUUGGCCAUAAUAUCCAGGUUCCCUCGACCAGCUGUAAGUCCACGUAUUCCACUCUACCGGGUCAUAUACAUCAACAGCGUGUUAUGAAUUUAAACAAAUCUAAAACUAUUCUCACGCAAACCACUUUGGAUCAGGCAUUCUCAACUUCAGUUUUAAAGGGGUCAGACCAGGUUGUCAUGUAAUUAAAAUGAUGCACAAAGCCAAGGGAAAUAAAUCUUUUGAUCAAACCUGAAAACAAGUUUAUAAACCCAGCAUCUACACUUUAUAUAAACACCAGACUCUACAGAACAUUCCAGACACUAUAUUCAUUUUUUAAAAUUACAUAUUUUAAUUACAAUUCCAAUGCUGGCAAUGGCAUCUGAGUAUAAAGUAUUAAUUUUUAAUUUAAUAAAAAGUAUAAAUUAAUGUUUUAAUAUUUUUACUUUUGGCUUAUAUUAAAAAAAAACAUUUUCUUUUUGUUUCCUCAGGAGAAAAUAUGCUAUGAAGGUUUCCUUACCUGUCUGACAGAUGCCCUGAUUGAACAGGAACACAGGGAACAGGUCCUGGAAGUGGUGGCAAAUCUUGGCAAGAAACAUUUACCUGUGAGUCACAUGAUCAUGCAUGCAUCCCAACGUUGAUGUACAAUAAAAUAUUGAUGAUCGAUAUCAUUUAAUUCUAAACAUUUCUUUCCAGUUACAUAUCCAAUAUGGGUGCAAUGGUCUUUCCUGAUCACUCACAUAGUAUCCUAUGUAAGACUAAUAAGAAUAAGCCUUUUUGGACAACAAAUGUGUCAUUUAAAAGAAAAGUGCAUUUUUAAAAUAUUUUAAAAUAUUAUUUUACACUUCUUGUUGUAGAAACCUGGCUAUGCCACAUUCAAUGCAAAUUAUGUCAACCGUAAAAUCAAUAAUUUCUUAUUAAAGCUCAUUUUAUAGUUUCUUAAAAAUAAUAUAUAAAGAAUUAAACAUAUAACUAUGCCUAUAAGUUUAUUUUAAAAACUUGAAGUCUGUGAAUUCUUUCUGAGAUAAUCCCCUAAUGGAAAUAAUUUUUUUAAAAUAAUUUAUCUACACAGCAAAUGUUUGAAGCCGGUCUGAUGCAGAAACUGGUGGCAUGUUUUGGAGACAAAGUGUUUGCCCGUCGUCUCUACCCCAGUGUCCUGUCCAUCCUUGCUGCCUACAGUUCCAUUGGUGAGAAGGAGAAAUUCUCACAGAAAUACUCAAAAGUUUUUAACAUUUUGUCUUUUGGUUGUUUCUCUUGGCAAUCAUUUCUAUUUCACAAGAGGGCUUAAAUAUUUUCAAGUAGCAAUGUUGGAACAUAUGUGUCACAGUUUUAGAACAUUUUAAACAGUAACAAUAAAAAUCAUUUAUGGAAAAAAAUUUGAGAUUCAAUUUUGUUUUGAUGUGUUUUUCAAUGAAAUUAUUUCAGCAUCAAUUUAUAUAAACAGUUUUUGUUCCUGCAUUGAAAUUAAUUUUCAUAAAAAAUAUUAAACCUUAUACUUGGUUAAACCUAGAGUUUUGCCAAAUGUAAAAUGUUAUGAUUAACUUUUUAACUCCUUUGCUACAUUCAUGUGUAAAUAAUGCUUUUGUUCUUUGGUAAAACUAUUUUCUAAAGCCUAAAGAUUUUUGCUUUAAUGUUUGAUUUCCAUCCAAUCCUGUCCAAUUGAACAUAAACAAGUGUUGUCAUGGUAACUAGACAAGUAGAGAUUUUGAAUAAUGUAUUGUUUUCUGACAAGUAGACCUAGUUUAGAGGCUAUGAUCAGCAAUUUUUCUUUUAAAGGGAAACACUCGGCAAUCUCAAAAUAGUAAUGGAUAUGUGAAAGCCAGUUUUAUUGACUGCUAGAAAGAUUCAGUCCAAGACCUGUGGGCAGUUUCAAAUUUAACUAUCAGUGGAAGAAGAGAGAGUUGUGGGCCUUGCCAAAUUUAUGACGAGUUUAGGAAGGGGGACAACUUUUCAGGUUUGGGAAAAGUGUGUACGUUCUGAUUUGAAAUGUCCUAAAGUUAAUUUUGUUUCAUUGUUCCCUCAGAUAAAGUGCGUGACCUACUGCUAGAGAACAAAGGCAAGGCCUACACUCUAGUCCUUGACACAGCUUUCCUUACCAGUGAUUUUAGUGUCCUGCAAUCUUGUAUCACAAUUGUCAGCAAACUGAGCACUGCAGGUACAUAUAUAUGGUACAGUAGGUCAGCAAAGUGGUCGAAUUAACAGGUUAUGAAAACUUUUCAUUUAACUGCAUGUUUUAGUUUGAGAAUCAAACUUAUUAUUUGAAUGGGCUCCCUUCUCAGUUGUCCCCGCUGAACUACUUAAGGCCAAUACCCUUCUCCUGGUGGCGUACAUUGACAAGUUGCUCAAAACAGGACCAGAUGGGCUUGUGUUACAUGGACUCAUGCAGCUGCAGGACUACCUGAAAGGUGAGGCCACUUCUUUAAAGUUAUCACAAAUUUUUCUCACUUGGAAAUUUACAUCUGCUUUUAUCAACAGUUUAAUAACUACGUUCACAUCCAUCUUCAAUCAGCGAGGGAGAGGGCAUGAAAAAAGGGAGGGGUGGGGUUGUAUGACCAAUGGAAAUACAAAGGAAAGGAAAAAUGUUAAAAGCCUAUUGCCAUUUUUUUAUCUCCACUGUUCAUUUCCUCAGACAUAUUUAUGUAUUAGUUCAUGAACGGCAUUGUAUACAAUCACAAUAGAUAAACUAUCAGGCAUGAUCUAAGGUGAACAUUAUUUUAUGUCUUCCACAUUUGACAUUCUCAUUAUUACUGCCACAAUAACUUGCCUGAAUAAAACCUAAUCCGUCAUAACUCUUCUCACUCCAGUUGACCACCUGUUCCAAUCAUUCCGUGAACACCACACGCACCGGGUUGUUGAAAUAUUGUGCAACGCCCCCUACAAGCCCCCUGUGCAGUAUAUGGCUGGCCGUGUCCUUGAAAUCCUCACCGGGGUGAGGAGACGGUCUAGUAACUUUGAUGACCAUCAUGAGGGAUCAGCCCCUUCCUUGGAGCUGAGAAGAGACAGAUCUGAUGAAAACGAUGAUGGAAAAAGCAAUGAUAAAGUUGCCAAAAAAGUUUCCACGUCCGAUAGUUUUCAACCGGCUGAACUGGAGACGGUGAUGGAGAAAUUACU